CCUGCGCUAGCGAAUGUUACCCAGCUCUAGCAUGGCAACAGAGAAAGGCAGUAAUUUAGCUGCAGCAGCUCAACAAACAUGCACAGACAGCUGCAACGGAAUCGCUAAGAGUGACUCAGGUAAGCUGAAAUGCCCCUGAAGAGACAGUAACCCCAUGGUGAAGGAAAAAGCAUGCACAGUAAGAAGGAGAGAUAGUGGAUGAGAAAGAGGAGGAGCUACAUAACUGGAGUCUUUAAGGGGAGAAAAAAAGGAGGACUGAGGAGCACUGAACCUGAAACUGUCUGACUCUGGACACCUAUAGUGGGCUUAAGAGAGAGGGAUCAAGACAUGGAGUGAUAGAUGGGAUCUGACUAGACUAAUGUGACGCUGGGAGACUCAGAAAACAGAAACCAUAGAAAAUUAUAUUCAGUUUCAGCAGAAGACUGUUCUCGUUGUUUAAACUGGAGUGCAGGCUGAAGGAUUCUCAACAGGGGAGGCUGAGAGACUGAAAGAGGAAAGGGGGAAUGGAAGGGCAAAUAUGGAGAGCGACAGAUGAACCACCUGUUCUUUUAAAGAUGAGGUGAGCAUAUUCACACCAAGCUGCUCUUCAGAAUGACUCAUGCUACAUUGGUGGUGGAUAUCUAAAUGUCUUCCUACAGGAUCACCUGGAAUUGGUCUAAAAAGAGGAAGCAGACACUGAACUCCCCAGGUGACACCCCCUCGCCACACUCCCACCACCCUUUAAACAACUUGUGGACUUCCUAGUAUGGAGACUUCAUCAUCCAUGGAAUCCCUGAUGAGCUUCUCUUAACAGGCCAAGAGGGUUCAAUUAGUGAACUGGUCAUUAAGCGACCCACCCCCUGGAGGCUUAACAGGCCUGCCCCCUCCUCUCCCUUAAACUUGAUAUCUUGAUGCAUUGCUGUGGGCUGGGACACUGGCGGAGAGUGCAGUCCACCUAUGGAGAGCGUCAGGACUCUGAUAUCGUUGAAGAAAGAAAUGCCCAGGUGCAGCUGGAAAAAGCUAAGUACAAGCCUGUUGCAUUUGCUGUACGUUGCAACUUCUCUUAUACACCAGCUGAUGACGACAACGUCCCUGUGCCAGGGCAAGCCGUCACCUUUGAGGCCAAAGACUUCCUGCAUGUCAAAGAGAAAUUCAACAAUGAGUGGUGGAUUGGCCGGCCAGUGAAGGAGGAUGGUGUAGUGGGCUUCGUCCCGAGUCCGGUCAACCUGGAAACCAUUCUGAUCAGAAGAGAAGUACAAGCUAGGAAAGCUGCCAAGGCCUUGGCUAGCAAAGCAGCAUCCCAAGCAACUCAAGAUAUGAACUCAAAGAAAUACACUCCUCCUUCACAAGCCAACCAGCAAGUGAAAAAGAAACCGGGCGAGCAGACGGCCAUGUAUGACGUAGUGCCUACUAUGCGUCCCGUGGUUCUGAUGGGACCAUCCCUUAAGGGCUUAGAGGUCACUGAUAUGAUGCAAAAAGCACUUUUCGACUUUCUAAAACAUAGAUUUGAAGGGAGGAUCACCAUUACGAGGGUCACAGCGGACAUCUCUUUGGCUAAACGCUCUAUCCUCAACAACCCUGGAAAGAAGGCCUUAAUUGACCGGACCAACACACGCUCUAAUUUAGAUACUGCUGCUCAGAUCCAAGGAGAGGUGGAGCGUAUAUUUGAGCUGGCCCGGAGCAUGCAACUUGUAAUUUUGGAUGCAGACACAAUUAACCACCCAAUACAGGUGUCCAAGACCUCCCUUGCACCAAUCCUUGUAUAUGUGAAGAUUUCCUCACCAAAAGUGCUGACCAGACUGAUCAAGACAAGAGGGAAGUCUCAAACCAAACAUCUUAAUGUUCAACUUGUGGCAGCAGAUAAGCUGGCCCAGUGUCCACCUGAAAUGUUUGAUGUCAUCUUGGACGAGAACCAGCUGUCUGAUGCCUGUGAGCACAUUGCUGAUUACCUUGAAUCCUACUGGAGAGCCACACAUCCACCAGAGAUGGAGCCUGCCAAUGCACUUGUUGCACAGCUGGCUGAGAACACUCUGCCUGCAACUCCAACAAUUGUACCGGAGGAGCAAAAGAGUAAGAAGUCAGCUGUCCCCAAGAGGAAAGGUUCACGUGAGAACCACCCAGACAAGGAGCCUCCAUCAGCCCCAGAUCAAGAAGACAAAGUUGAGGAAGAUCUAAAGAAGGAAGAAGAGGAGCAACUUUUGAGGACAGAACCUAAAAGAACCCAACACAUCCAUCACCAGCACCACCACCACCGCCGGACAGAGCACCACAGCCACACCCAGCAAAUAUCUGGUAGUGUGAAUAUUAAGUCAGGCAGAGAUCACAGUCAGAGGCCCCCAACGAGACACCUGCCUAAGGAGAGGGGGGAUGAAAUGGAAGAAGUGGUGUUUGAGGGUGUUAGUGAGGAAGAGGAGAUACACUAUAACCACCGUAGCCAUAACCAUCAGAGUAGCAACCACCACCAUCACCAUCAUCAUCAGCGGCAUCGUGGUCAGCUACAUGACAGAGACAGCUAUGAGCAGGAGCACAACGAUCGCAACCGAUAUCAAAUGCAUCACCAACAUAUUCCUACACGGACUCACCACCCAGAUCUCUAUCCUGUGCACAAUCAUCACAACUACCACCAUCAGAGCCGAGAUCGAGACAGAGAAAGACACAAACACAGGGACAGAGAUAGGGAUCGAGUUAGAGAGAGAGAUGCCCGUCAGCGGCACAAAGAUUCUCACAGGGACGAGUGACUUGUUUUUACUUCAAAUAAAUGCACAUUUCAAUGCUGUUUGCUUUAUAAUACCCUCAUAAUUAAAACAUAGUCAGGAUUUCAGGCAUUUUUUUUAUAUUGGUUAAUUGUUUUUUACACUUUACAGACAGCUUUGGACAAACAUUCCCCAAGCUUCAUAUAUUUUAUCCUUCAUCCUAAUUCACAACAUGUAUGGUGUGUCAGUGCUAUCCUUUGCCAAAGUAUUAAUAAUACAUUUUUCAUGCAUUUUGAUUAGGUAUUACCCACAUCCAUCUCAAUUUCUAUAAAGUAAAAGCAUUGGAUUCUGCAGGUUCCUAGUAAGAUCUCUGGAAAUGUUUACAUCAAGGGCCUCAUGUACGAAUUAUCCAUCUAGUGCAUAAGUUGAGAUGUACAAGAAUCAUCGUUAAGUUAGUGGGAGGAAAUUCAUGCCAAUAUUGGGCCUGAUAUGAUUUGAUGCCAUUCAGUUAUUAACUAAGGAGUGCUGUGUGUUUGUGGAUAUUGACACUUCUAGCUCCAUAUGAAAGCAGCUUCAAUAACAUGUAAACUGAAAAGAUUUUAUGUCUUUUUCAGGUGUAGAUGAAAAUGGACACAGUGCUAAGGAUCAUAGAUGCUUGCAAAUUGUCGGAGGGGCACUUCCAUUCUAAAUGAGAAUGAAUUGGUACUCCAAACCAGACAGAUGAUGCUUUCUAUAUGAGAGACAAGGUGUAGACAAUCGCACAUGUUCAUAAAUUGCUGCAUUAAGUUACAUAUAACUAUAUAACUAUAGCAUUGAAAUUUUUUGAUGACAUCAUCAAUGCUACAUGAUGAUGCAUGGCAUUUUCCCUUUUUUGAUUAUCCAAGGCAAUUAUUGUCGAGCUCUAAAUGAAGCUGCUCCCUUGCAUUACAAAUAAAAACCAAGAAGAAUCAUGCAUUGCUGGUGGCAGUUAAGUUUCUUACUUUACUGGAGUU